ACAGCACUGCACUGCGCAGGCGCGGUCCGGCACCCGGUCGUCAUGGAGACGGUUUGUUGUUUCUGAUCCGUGAGGAGCCUGAAAACACACCUGAACACAGAGCGCGAGGAAAUCACACUACCUCAGCUACGAUGACAGAAUGUCCCUUUAAAGCCUCCGUACAAACUGUGUGACAUCAUCAGGCGAUGGCGAGCUCGCAGCGUGAUGUCAUCGACUUCCCCUCGCUGGAGCGCGAGCUGCAGGCGGCGGUCGAGUCGGAGCAGAAACACCGACGAGAGAACGAAGCCAAACUGAGAGCCGUCAGUCAGAGAGUCUCCUCCUACCAGGAGUUCAGAGAUCUGGUCCUGGCGAGUCACCUGAAGCCUCUGGAGAGGAAAGAUAAAGACGGAGCUCCACGGAGACAACCCUGGAACCCGCUGGUCGCCCCGGGCAACGGGCAUCAUGUGACCUCUGACCGUCUGUAGCAACACGACACGCCGGGACUGUUUUAUUGAGCGUAAUCAAUGAUGUUAAUGAUCAAAUAUGAAGGCAUUUUAUAAAUAAAGUUCUAAUUUCACAAGUUUGAAA